AUGGGUGAUGAAAAGACGUUUGGAGCGCGACUGGCGGCGGGCGAGUCGCUGCACGUGACGGGCGGACCGUGCCCGGUGUCGCGCUUCUACGCGCGGCGCGAAGAGGCGCUGGCGCAGCUGGUGUGGCGCGCCAACGUGUCACGUGAGGCCGAGCGGCGGCUCGCUCGCGCGCCGAACGGCACGCGCACGUACAUCGGCGUGCACGUGAGACGCACCGACUAUGCCGAGUGGCUGCGGGAUAAGAUACACGGCCACCUGGUUUCGCCCGCGUAUCUGCGGUGCGCGCUGAGGCACGCGCGGCGUACUUACCCGCGCCCCGCCUUCCUCGUGUCGAGUGACGACAUGGCCUGGUGUCGGACACACAUCGUCGGCGACGACGUGAUGUUCGUCGGCUCCGACGCGUCGGAGGCGUUCGACAUGGCCACGCUCGGCAUGUGCAACCACACGAUCGUCACCUACGGCACAUUCGGCUACAUGUCGGCCUUCCUGGCCGGCGGAGAUGUGAUCGUGCCGACAGGCUACUCUAAGGUAGAAUAUUCUCUGGUGGGGCAUCUGCGCCAGGCGCGGCUCAAUGUCACUCAGCUCAAAGACUCCGAUGAGUGCUGA